UAAACUCCAUUAUUGAGUCCCAAUACCCCCAAAAAAGUUUAAAACACAUUACGCAUACCAAAGAAAGGCUUUGAGAGGGAGGAAGGAAACAGCUUCCUUCCAACCAAACUUCCAGUCAAAGAAAUAUCUUAAAUAUAUUCUAAUAUUCUUUUAAAUGGAAAAACAAGAACCAGAGCCAAAGCCUUUGGUUGAUUCAAAUUCAACACCUAAACCUAACACAAAUACAAACACAUCAUUAGCUGCAGAGACAGGCAUGGUUAUACCUUCAAUUCCAUCGUCAUUACUCCCUCAACCUUCUUGGUUCACUGCCAAAAGGUUACUUGCCGUAUUCUGUGUGAUCAACUUAUUAAAUUAUGUGGAUCGUGGAACUAUUGCGAGCAAUGGUGUUAAUGGAAGCCGAAAAACUUGUACGAAAACUGGUACAUGUUCUCCUGGCAGCGGAAUUCAGGGUGAAUUUGAUUUGAGUAAUUUUCAGGAUGGCGUCAUAUCAUCUGCUUUCAUGGUUGGGCUUCUGGUGGCAUCUCCAAUAUUUGCCUCAUUAUCCAAGAGUGUCAAUCCAUUCAGACUUAUUGGAGUUGGACUGACAGUGUGGACGUUAGCUGUUGCUGGUUGUGGUUUGUCAAUUAAUUUCUGGUUGAUUGCAACAUGCAGAAUGUUUGUGGGUGUUGGCGAGGCAUCUUUCAUAAGCCUUGCUGCUCCUUUUAUUGAUGAUAAUGCCCCUGUUGCUCAGAAAACUGCAUGGUUGGGAAUAUUUUACAUGUGUAUACCAGCUGGGAUAGCAGUUGGCUAUGUAUAUGGUGGCCUGGUUGGCGAUCAUCUUAACUGGCGUUGGGCCUUUUGGAUCGAGGCAAUACUGAUGCUUCCCUUUGCAGUUUUAGGUUUAUUUAUGAAACCAUUGCAAUUAAAAGGAUUCUCUCACACUGGAUCGAAAAAACCAUUGACUUCUCCCCUGACUGCUUGCCCAGAUGAAGCUGUUUCAAAUUGUAACCAUGGUUUGUUACCAUCACAGGAAGAUUCCAAGGAUGGUUCAAAAUGUGCACCUAGUAAUUUGAAUCAGUUGACAAGAUUUUGGAAGGAUAUGAAGGUGCUUCAUCUUGAAAAGGUUUAUGUCAUCAAUGUCCUAGGAUACAUAGCAUAUAAUUUUGUAAUUGGCGCGUAUUCCUAUUGGGGACCAAAGGCUGGUUAUAACAUAUACCAUAUGAAAAAUGCAGACAUGACGUUUGGAGGUAUUACUAUAGUAUGUGGAAUAUUGGGAACCUUGGCCGGAGGCCUUGUUUUGGAUCGAAUGAAUUCCACAAUAUCCACUGCCUUUAAGCUUCUCUCAGUGGCAACAUUUCUUGGAGCAAUAUUUUGCUUUGCUGCCUUUUGUUUUAAGAACUUAUAUGUUUUCAUCGCUCUUUUUGCGAUUGGAGAACUGCUUGUAUUUGCAACACAGGGCCCUGUAAAUUAUGUCUGUCUCCAUUGCGUCAAACCAAGUCUUAGACCACUGUCUAUGGCGAUGUCUACUGUUUCAAUUCACAUAUUUGGUGAUGUACCUUCCUCUCCUCUUGUGGGGGUUGUCCAGGACCGCAUUGACAAUUGGAGAGUCACUGCUUUGAUCUUGACAUCAAUUCUAUUUAUAGCCGCUGGAAUAUGGUUUAUAGGCAUCUUUCUUCAUAGCGUAGAUAGAUUUGACGAAGAUAGUGAGGAUCGAGUAAGUGAUGUUGAGAGAGCAAACUCACCACCAUUGCUUGAGAAGAAAAGUACUGAACCGAUUGAGGUCUCUGUCGAAUCCUAAUAUUUCGUUGUGUAGCUGCCACAAAUGAAAUGUAAAUCCGUUGGUUCUUUUUCUUGAUAAUGAUUGUUUUUGAUCAGCUUCCACGUACCUUGACUAUUCCUUCUGAGUACCUGUUACCUAAAUUCUGCCCAAAGGCUUAAUGUAAAUUCUUUAUUCUUUUCUGUGUAAAUAAUGUUGCACUCCAUAAAGAGAAGUGGUUGAAUUGUUCAUAUUGAUAUCAUCAAAAGUAGCUACAACAUUAAGUUUUGGCUUGCCAUUCGACGA